GAAUUAUUCUGCACGUACUCGUCGCCAACUUCGGACGCACUGUGUGUAUAGUCGCCAAGUCGUACUGCGUACGUUUUAUUCUCGUGCACUUCCUUUUGUCGUUUUCGGUAUCGAACCAGCGCGCAUACUAACGAAACUGUGCCAUUCCGCACCACUUUCUUUUGCAACGGUAUCAAUGGUGCGCCCAUAAACAGAUUUUCAACACAGAAUGAAUUGAUUGAGUGGUUGUUUGGCAGUGACGGGUGGUAGUAGACAACUAACCCUGGCAACAGAGUGUUAGCCGCCGACUACGUGCAAUCGUUGGCCACAAUUGUUAGCCAAAUCACAUUCGCUGCUGAACGCUCACGCGUGAGCAUCCCUGCACCUGCCUCACCGAACGCACUGGACUCUGCGAUACCACCACAAUAGAAAGCAGCUAUCAUUAUUGACAAGGCACACACCGCAACGUGUUGCCAUUAAGUACGCGCGAAACGUACAACGUAUUGCGACGUGCACUUCAAGUAGCCCGUUCGGCACGCGGUCAAUAAAAGCUCAAAUUCAUCUGAACGCACGUCGCGUACGGUCCGUACUCGGACGCAGAGGAUUCAAUUGGAAUUACUAAUCUGAAUUUGCCGAAUUCGGCAGACACAAAAUCGCAAGUGCCAACCGGAAGGCCACAAAUAACGCCAAACGCUAACCCCUUACUCGUUUCCUCAUUGCAACAAAGCGCCUCCCUUGCUCUUCCUUCGAAAAAAGUUUUUUAGUGAAAAUUGAAAACCCAGCCAGUUUUGAAAAUCGAUUCAGUGUAUGAAUAGUGCCAGUGUUUAUGUGAAAGUGAAAAAAAGCAAAAAUAGGAUGAGAUAAGAUAAUGUAAAUGAUACCUUGGUGAUACCUUAAAACAUAUAUGUGUGUGUGUACAUAGUGCAUAGCAGGAUAAAGCAAAAUAAACUCGAAAUUUGUUAAUGAAAAAAAGUUGUUGUGCUGCGAAAUAAAAUUUAUGAAAAAAUAAAAAAUUAUUAAAGAAUCAUAAUAUGAGCUCAUACUGACAAGCUUAUAAGUGCACAGUGACUCCGGAUGUCAUAAUUAGAAACGAAGAAUCAUGAAUACAUGUUAAACAGUUCAUCUAUAAACCAAAGGGAUAUUUCUAAUCCUUUCGGUCGACCAAACAAAUCAGAACUUUAAGACAAGUAAUUAAUCGAUAUGUUACCCUAUCAAGCUGUUGCCAUGGAUUAUGCUGGCUACCAGCGGCAGCCUACGCCCGGUCAUCCCGGGAAUCACAUGCCAACUAUGGGCUCGCUGGGUAUGCCUGGUGUGGGGGCCGGAGCCUUUACUCACUCAUGGCUAAUGCCAACGCAAGACCUUUGCGCUAUGCCAUAUGGCAAAAUGUCUAAUCAGCAUCAAAACGGGCCGGGAAUGCACGGCUCUCAGCAACCUAUCGAACCAGGAAUACUCGAGCUUCGAAAGGAAAAAUCUCGUGACGCGGCGAGAUCACGUCGUGGCAAGGAAAACUAUGAGUUCUACGAGUUGGCGAAAAUGCUUCCUCUACCUGCGGCUAUAACAAGCCAGUUGGAUAAGGCUUCCAUUAUAAGACUGACAAUAAGUUAUCUAAAACUAAGAGAUUUCUCGGGACAAGGCGAUCCACCAUGGACUCGUGAGCAGUCGAGUAGUAGCAAGUUAAAAAGUGCAGCCAUUCGACGCAGUCCUGCCGUUGAUUUAUUCGAACAACAUCAAGGCACGCACAUCCUGCAGUCCCUCGAUGGAUUUGCAUUAGCCGUUGCUGCAGAUGGUCGAUUUCUAUACAUAUCGGAAACGGUAUCUAUUUACUUGGGUCUGUCCCAGGUAGAAAUGACAGGAAGUAGCAUAUUCGACUAUGUUCAUCAGGGCGACCAUGCAGAAAUUGCUGAUCAAUUAGGCUUAAGCUUGACCAACGGCGGUAUUGCAGGUGGUGGCAACGGCAACGGGACUACCGGUCUGGCGUCUCCCACUUCAGGCGCAUCCGACGACGGCGUUGGCACUCACGGCACAAAUAACCCCGACGUCUCUGCGCAAAUGACAGUGUCCUCCACCAGCGGAUACAAAGGUUACGAACGAUCGUUUUGCAUUCGCAUGAAAUCGACACUAACCAAACGAGGCUGCCAUUUCAAAUCCUCCGGCUAUCGGGCAAACGAUCAAUCGGUCAAUGGUGGUAAAAACGGUAAACCAAUGGGCGCCAAUUAUUCGGUCGUUUUGUUGCUGUGCAAAUUGCGACCGCAGUACACGUUCUCACACACACGAAAAUCACCGCCGCCUUUGUUGGGAAUGGUCGCCUUGGCAAUCGCCCUACCACCCCCUUCCGUUCAUGAGAUACGUUUGGAAUGCGAUAUGUUUGUAACCCGUAUUAAUUUCGAUUUUCGAAUAGCGCACUGUGAGCCAAGGGUAUCCGACUUGCUGGACUACAGCCCAGAGGAUCUGGUUAAUAAAAGUAUGUACAGUUUAUGUCAUGCUGAGGACUCCAUCCGGUUGCGAAAAAGUCAUAUGGAUCUAAUAGAGAAGGGUCAGGUCCUUACCGGAUACUUUCGGCUGAUGAAUAAAAAUGGUGGCUAUACCUGGUUGCAGACAUGUGCAACGAUCGUUUGCAGCACGAAAAAUGCUGACGAACAAAAUAUUAUAUGUGUCAACUACGUUAUUAGUAAUCGAGAGAACGAGAAUCUUAUUUUGGACUGCUGUCAGCUAGAGCCGAGUGUGGAUUGUAUUAAGCACGAAGAGCUUGGCACUGACAAAAAUUCUGGUUCACCAAGUGGCGAUCCCGCACCUGAAGGUCAAGCCGGUAUUGGAAAUGAUGCGAAAGCAUCAUCCCCAAAGGCUGAUAGUGAUGGGCACAACCAGCGUUCCCGUGGGCGGUGCUCAAAUUCAGCAGCUAAUACAAACGCCAGUAAUUUAACUUUAGUGAAAGAUAGUCCAAAUUCUAUAAGCGUCGAGAUGGAGAGUGCUGCAAGUUCCCUGCCUGUGACUGUAGCUACACCGGCGACUACGCCUACUACGACAACAAAACGCAAACGAAAACCCAAAGCUUCCAUGCAAAUUGAAGAUACUGGUGAGGUUAGUACAGUUAGCGCCCCGGCCGCAGAUGCACAGCCGCAAUCGAAAAUACCUGCCAUUGAGAGGGACGCACCACGCAGCCGCCUGCCGUCUACAGUCGAUCAAAUCUCGCAACAGCAGGUACAACAGCCACAGCAAUCACAACAACAACAGCAGCAUUCUGAGGCUUCAGUGAAAGAUUUAGAAAAUGCUAUGUCCAAGCACUUGCCUUCGCCCGGAGUGAACGCCACCGAAGCUGCUCCCGUUGCCACAGAUUUCAGUGCCGACGCACUACUAAAACAACAACAACAUGAAAAAAGCACCACCAUUCAGUGGAUCGGUACACCUCACUAUCAACAACCUGCUCCCAUGCCGGCCACUGCUUUAUUGAGGCAGCUCUACGCGAAUCGAGAGAGUGUAAUUAGAGCAACCGCCCGACAAACACCAACGGGAGUCUUUUACGGUGAACAGCAAAGCGGACCUCUUCCCACACCACCUGGCAGUGAGUCGUCUUACGACAAUCACCAAUAUCUACAACUGCAUCCCGCUCAUCCCCAGAAGUCAUCGUCGGAUGCAUUCACGAAUUUGGUAUCGACAUACGGUGGUUAUCACAGCUCUAUUGAUUAUCACAAUGCAAUGACCCCACCUAGUUCGGUAUCACCACGUGACACCACCAAUUCCCUAAAUGCAACCAAAGCGACCUCACAUAACAGCAACGGAUACGAAUACACCGAUCCGCUCCGUGUUCAAUAUACAACGCCGAACAACACAGGCGAAAGUGGUGGUACACCCGCACUCCCCCUUAAACCACAACCGUAUUCAGCAGCAGCGGCCACCAUGCACCACCCGCACUCCUCAUCCGACGCCACCAACAUUACCUAUAGCAAUCUUGACCAACCUCAAUACUUUACACCGCAUUCCAGCUUUCAUUUGUACCACAAAGGCACACCCACAAGUGGCUGGUACUCGGCACCGUCAUAGGUCAGCUUUCAGGACUGCGAUUUGCAUCAGCAGUUGGGACCUCAACAAGAGCAACAAUUACAACAAACUCAGUUGCAUUCAAAGGAGAGCUGGGAUAUUGUAGGAGCACUUGGCAAAGUUGCAAGAAUGUUCUUCAACGUCCGAAAAGGAAAUUAAUAUCAAUGAUGUGUUUACUUACGCAGAUAGGAUUUUGUGUGCCGAGUGUUCCACAAAAAUUAGUAAAUAUGCAUACAUUGCUUGAUGUAGAGAAUGCAAAGGUGGCGCCAUCCGCAAACCGCCACUUUGUUCUUGGCGAAUUUGAAUAUUGCGGAAGGUCGAUACAGAAAUUAAACAAAUCUUUGCUUGUAUGACGCAUUCUAUCAUUUUCCUUCAAUUUGCUUUCGCUUAUUCCUCGCUCCUUUCGUUUGUUUAUUUUCUGCACUGUAUCCUAUCAUUCUUAUAUAAAAAUAUACUGCCGAGUUGGUCACAUUACAAAACAUAUACAUUUUACUACACAUAUACGUUUGUACAAGUAUGUGUAUGUAUAUAAUAUGUGCCAUCCCAAUAAGCAAAAUGUAAUAAAAUAGACUGAAAACAAAAUUUUGAAAACAUAAGUUUUAAAGUUGGUCGCUUAUUGGUAAGGCCCAUUGCAUAUGCAUUCUUACUUGCUUAUGUACAUACAUAUGUAUGUAUGUACGCACAUUAGAGUGCUCAUGAAAUACAUGCAUAUAUAUGUAUGUAUAUUGCAAAUGUACAAGCAGAAUUGUGUCGUUUGUCGAUAAAAAAUAAUAUAGUAAUUACAUAUGUACAUAUCUACUAUGUAGGUGCCUAUAUCGUAAAAAGAAAGAACACCCGCAAUUUUUCUUUCGAAAUAGAAUGUUGGCUUUUUUAGUCUGCGUGCUCGAACGCAUAGCUUAUGUCCAAAUAUGAGAUUCAAGUACUUAGGUACAUGCAUAUGUAUACUCCCGACCUCCCUCGUUCCUCAUAGGAUAUGUACGUAAUGAAUCCACCUCCCUUCAUUCUUCCGCUUCUCAUGAAUGAUAAACAUGAAUGUGCAUAUGAGCUUCCAAAUCUCACUUUUCAAUGUUCUAAUGAGAAAAUACAAAUUUAUAGUGGGAAAACGUAAAUUCAUAGCGCGAAAAUGUACUUUUAUAAUGUAUUGGUAACGAAACAUAAAAAUUUAUAAAAAUGAAGUGCUCUGGAGUCUGCGGGCAAAGGCUUCAAGACGUGCGGUACACAGAUGGGGUAAAUUAAAGCAAAAAAAGGGAUAUUGAGCACAAAACUUCACAAUAUGAAAAUCCUUUUACAACGUGAAAUUAAAGUAGGACAACAUAUUUACAUCCCCACUUGCAUACCGACUAAGCUUAGAACAUCUGUAUGGAACGUAGUUGUGUUUUGUAUUGCUCUUGCGCAACCUCCUCUCGUUAUACAGUUUCUUACUUCAUCCACUGCUCUUAGGAAGUAUUUUAUAUUUUACUCGCACACAUCAGCCCUACCUACUUGUGGUUUGCUUUAUGUUAAAGCAUAUGCUCUCAAUUGGGUUGAGCAUUGAAGAAGAUGGGCGCGACCUACAACGCAUGCCUCUCCAGAGGAACGCUGUGGAAUUCUGCUGUACAUUGUCACAAACCAAAACCAGGUCGCCAAUGUUAUUUCUUAUUUCUGUCCACUUUGCCAUAAGAUCAGCUAUCCAUUGCGACCAUAUUACCGUUGUUGACACCCCCCUUCCCCUUGUAUGUUUAACGCGCCAUCCGUGGUUAUUGAGCCAUUAAGGUGGACGUUUGGCCAAUUUUCGAUCGGUCAAGUGACAUUCGGCAGAACAAAUUCAGAUUUAUUUCAUCCAUCUAUGAUGACUUCCUGAGAUGGCUUGGCACACUUUUACAUUUCAUGUUUGUGCUGCAGAUCGCACAGUUACCUGUUUAAAUUCUAUUUUAUUUACAUGAGCUUCCAAUGCAGAAGGUAUUGAAAUAUUGAUCUGAAUAUUUACUCAUGUUUUUCAAUUUCAUUUUCAAUCAAUAGUGUAAUAGUGUAAUUACUCUAGACUUUAACGUGAAUUAACAAACUUAAGAACAACCCGCGAAAUGGGAAACGUCUGUACAUUAAUAAUUACUCCAGCCUUAAGAAUUUUAGAGAGCUGUUCAUUUUCGAUUCUUAAGUUACGUAAAUUGAAAACGAUGAGAGAAUCAUUUUGGUUUCUUCUUAAUUCAAUAAGCCUGCACAGGUUUGUAUUAUAUUGGUUUUUUACAUAAAUUUAUAUCAUGUGGAACCGUUGGAGACUCCAGAUGCAGAAUGUUGUAAAAUUAUUAGGUCGAGGCUAAUUAUGAACGAUAUGUUUGCCAUAGAUGGUAGCUCUAGAUGGCACUUCUUCGUCGAAUCGGCGACGCGAAAUUUUGAGUUCAGAUUAACCACAAGAAGAGUUUGUUUAAUCUAUAAAUUAAAAAGUAGAAAAUAUAAAAUAUUUUAUUAAAAGCAUAAACAAAUCCGAAUUUAUUUUACAUCGGAAGCACUUUACCUCAUAUAAAAAUAUAAAAAAAAAGAAAUACCAUCUAGGUGUAAAAGUGUUGUUUAGCUGAGGGAGAACAAAAUACCAAGUUUAGAGUUAGGAUCGAAUUACAGGAAGUAGGGACUACAUCAAGGUGUAAACACCUUUUAGUUCUUACGUAACUUAUAUUACAUUUACGUCUAGAGCAAUUACACUAUCAUCUCCCUAAUUAAAAAAUAAUACACACAAAGCUGAGUGAAUGUAUUUUUUCCUUAUGAACUUACGUUUUCUGAUUAUCAAUUUACAUAUUCUCAGUACAAACUUAUAAUUUCUAGUUAUCAAUUUACAUAUUCUCAAUAAAAAUUUAUAUUUUCUCAUUAACAUUUACAAAUCUCAAUAUAAAUUUGCAUUUUCUCAGUUUCAAUUUGUGCUUUUUCAACAUAAAUUCACAUUUUCUCAUUACAAACUGGAAAAGGCGUAGAACUCCAAACCAAACUUUCCAGGCGGUAUGACUUUCGCCAUUUUAUUUAGCUAUAAUAUUGAUUGAUAAAUUGGGCCGCCGUAGCCGAAUGGGUUGGUGCGUGAUCACCAUUCGGAAUUCACUGAGAGGUCGUUGGUUCGAAUCUCGGUGAAAGCAAAAUUAAUAAAAACAUUUUUCUAAUAGCGGUCGCCCCUCGGCAGGCAAUGGCAAACCUCCGAGUGUAUUUCUGCCAUGAAAAAGCUCCUCAUAAAAAUAUCUGCCGUUCGGAGUCGGCUUGAAACUGUAGGUCCCUCCAUUUGUGGAACAACAUCAAGACGCACACCACAAAUAGGAGGAGGAGCUCGGCCAAACACCUAACAGAAGUGUACGCGCCAAUUAUUUAUUUAUUUUUUAAUAUUGAUAAUAACUGAAUUCUAUUAUCCAUGCAACUUAAGAAGCCUCGAUUUGUAUAAUCAAACGGAACACAGAAAGAAUAACUGUUUAUUGCUUACAAAUUUAAAUGAAAUCUUUAAAUGUCCUACUAAUAAAAAGCUCGGGCAUUCACUUAAAGUUAAGCGUUAAAGGUUUGCUCGUAAAUGCACGCCGAUUUUACUUAUUCCUACGGUGAGUGAUUCUAUGAGUUGUGGAUAGACUUCAUUAAGAAGUUUACAGAUAUAUCAGGUCACUGUUCAUAUGGGUGCAUUCUCAGUUAGCGUAGCUCAAGUAUGAAUAAAUAAUAUUUAAAAAAAUGUAUAACAUUUUCAAGCAUUUAUGCACUAGGUGUAAAAAGUAAAAUUAGUCGCAAACAUGUACAUACACAUAUACACAUACACUUGAUUUUGAUCCUUUCUUGUUGCAUAUAUAAAGUAAAUAUCCCCCUAAAAAAAUUAUGUAUGUACAUAUGUGUAUACUCUUACAUUUGUAUACUAGCUUAAAUAUCGGAAGUUAACGUUUAAACUUUGUGUAAAAUACUCCUAUACAUAUGAAUGUAUGUAUGUAUUUGUAUAUUUUUCGCAUACUACUAUACAUGUGUAAUAUUAAAUCAAAAUAGGCUAUUAUGGAAAACACAAUGGAAACUUGUGAAAAUACUCGAAAUAAAAAAUUCCAAUUACUACAUUAUAGGAAGAAUCCAAUUGCUUGUAUAAGACUUAGAUAGUGUGCCAAUAAUACAAAAAAGAAAAACACUUUAAUAUUUAAUAAUUAGAAGUGCAUUUUUUAUUGUUAUUAAUUGUUUAAGUUAUAACCGUUUACUUAAAAGUGUAUAUAAAAAUUAGGGUGCAAAAUUCUGCAAGGCACAAAUACAACACAUUGACAACAUAUCAAACGUUUUUUUUUUGUUUUCACCCUUUGUCUGCGUUAUUAGUCUCCUCUCCAUUGUAAAUGAAUGUGCUUAUAUGUAUAUGUAGAUGUAUGUAGAUAUUCACGUAUGUACAGUAUGUAUAUAGCCAUAAACGCCACACCGCUUUCGAGAUUUUGGUACUUUUUCCCACCGCUCAUUGCUAAGAAUAUUAUGGGAAUGCUCCGUUCUUUUCAGCUUUUAUAAAUCGUUUCAAUAAAAGCAUAUACAUAUACAUACAGUGGCACAGUAAAGUCUACAUACCCCAUUGAAAAGCGAGGUUUGGAGAUUUCUGUGAACAUUGUAGCAUUAGAAUAUAUUCCAAACAAAACCAAUCUAACAACAAACAAUAAAUUUUAACAAAAAAAUUUUAAUCCAAAAAUAUUUAUUAACAAAAACAAACAAAAUUCAUUUUCCAAACACAGAAAAGUCUGCAUACGGCUUUGUAGUGGAGUACACAAAAUGCAGUUCUGUACUCAAACAGUGCUACCAAUCACUUCAGGCGUCUUUACUAGAUACCGUUAGUUAGAAAGAAGUUUAGUUCUUCGAUAUUAAUAUUGUAGCUGUGUUAAUUUAACCAAAAUGGGUAAAGAAAUCUGUGUUAAAGUACGUGAGCUAAUUGUGAAAUAUUACAAGGAAAAAAAUCUUUAAGAGAGAUUGGAGAACAUCCAAACAUCCGGACAUCCAAAAUCAAGCAUUCAAACAAUUAUUCGGAAAUAUAAUCACACUAAUAGUGUAGAAAACAAACCAAGAAGUGGUCGCCCACCUAAACUGACUCCUCGUGCUAAGCGAAAAAUAUUGUUAGACGUGCAAGAAAAUCCAAGAAUAACAGCAAUAGAAAUUGCAAAAACCCUGAAAAAUCAGGAUAUUGCUUCAGUGCAUCCAGAAACGGUGAGACAUUUAUUGAGAAGCAAUGGACUCCACAACCGUGUGCCUCGAAAGAAGCCAUUCAUCAGCAAAAUAAAUAUGGAGAAACGAGUCGAAUUUGCUAAGAAAUAUAUUGAUGCAUACGAAGAUUUUUGGGCUAAUGUUUUAUUUAGUGACGAAAGCAAGUUCAACUUGUUUGGCUAUGAUGGCAAACAAAAAGUAUGGCGUCGAAAUAAUGAAGCAUUAUUGCCCAAAAACUUGCUUCCUACGGUGAAGCACGGUGGUGGCUCCAUAAUGGUUUGGGGCUGCAUGUCAGCGGCUGGGGUGGGUAAUUUAACAUUUAUUGAUAUUAAUAUGGAUCGCAUGGUAUAUUUGAAGCAAUCCGCGAGUAAACUGGGUCUUACGGCGGGUUGGUACUUUCAGCAAGAUAAAGACCCAAAACAUACCGCUGGUGUUGUCAAAGAAUGGCUACUAUAUAAUGUGCCCCAUCAACUUCAUUCCCCACCCCAGUCACCGGAUUUGAACCCCAUAGAGAAUUUAUGGGAUGAAUUGGAUCGUCGCAUUAGGAAAAGGACAAUUAAAAAUAAACAGGACCUCAAAAAUGCUUUACUUGAAGAGUGGAAUUUAAUUUCGAAUAAUUACACAAAAGUAUUGGUAAAUUCCAUGCAAAAUAGAUUAAAUGCUGUUCUAAAAAGUCGUGGCGGACCCACCAAGUAUUAAUUCUGUUGUCUUUUUAUUUCCUUUUAAGUGAAACACAUUCUUUUUACAAAGUAUGCAGACUUUUCUGUGUUUGGAAAGUGAAUUUUGUUUGUUUUUGUUAAUAAAUAUUUUUGGAUUAAAAUUUUUUUGUUAAAUUGUAUGGUUUGUUGUUAGAUUGGAUUUGUUUGGAAUAUAUUCUAAUGCUACAAUGUUCACAGAAAUCUCCAAACCUCGCUUUUCAUUGGGGUAUGUAGACUUUACUGUGCCACUGUAUAUAUACGACUCCACAUGCGUGUAUAUACAUAUGUACAAACAUACACAUACGUGUGUACCCACAUAUACAUAUAUAUAUAUACAGUUUUAUUACAAUAAUUGUAUCGUAUACUUGCUCUAAGAAAGGUUAAUCCGGCUAAAAAUAAUAAGUAAGUACAUUUACACCAUUUGUGUGUAGUAAAUUAAAAACAAGUACACAUAAAAUAUAAUAGAAAAUAUAGAAAUAUCCGUAUGUAUGUACAAGCAGUUAAAUAUAAAUUAAAUCGCAACACUUGUAUACAUUUAUGUUGAAUAUUUUUUACGGAAACGUACACACAUACACAUGUGUGUAUAUGUAUAUAAAUAUACAUAAAAACGUUUACAGUAGUACGAAUAAAAUGUUCUAAAUAUGGAAUAAAUGAAGAAAUAAA